UCCCCAGUGCUGCUGAGACAGGUUUGGAUGAGUCCAAAGUUUGAAGUCUCAUCUGAGGACAAUGUAAUUAUGAUCUGUUGGUUCUGUUAGCUGUAUCAUUUGAUGGUGACUGGUUGGUUCAGAACCAUGAAGGUGCUGAGGACUGUGCUUGUCCUGGCCAGUCUGGCCACGCUGGUGCCGGCGAAUAAAUGUGUCUUCAAGUUUGAGGCCGCGCCCCCCAAGGGUGUGACCUGUGCUUCUCUCAAGGACAUGAAGGAUGUGGACACUGACCUGCAGGCUAUCACGAACAAAAAAAUGGUUACGGAGAUUGCCCCUGCUAUGAAGAAACUGGAAGCUGCAGUCAACAAAAGGGUUCAAGUCGAGAAGAAACUUGCAGACAUAAGUGGCAAGGUUCAGAAGAUGAUGGAUGAUAUGGACAAGCUGAACAAGGCAGGUGCCGCAGCUGCUUCAGCUGCAGCUGCUGCUGCGGCGGCUGCUGCAGCUGCCAAGCCUAAACCUGGCAGUCCUGCAGCUGGUACUCCAGGUGCGGGUGCAGCUGGUGCAGCUAAACCUGGAGGUGGCGCAGCUGCUGCAAAACCAGCUAAACCUGCUGAUCCUGGGGAUGAGAAGGACUGUGCUGGGCUGAAGGUAAAAGACAAGACAAAGAGAACAGGCCUGGCCACCAUCAAGCCUGCUGGACAGCCAGCCGGCAUGCAGGUGUGGUGUAACAUGGACAUCGGACAGGAACCCAGGGGGUGGGCUGUUAUACUCAGGAGGGAAGGUGCCAGCCAGGACUUCAACCAAAAGUUUGCUGACUAUGUGAAAGGUUUUGGAACACCAAGUCAGGACUACUGGAUUGGACUGCAGAACCUGCAAAAGCUAACGGCACAGGAUGAAUGGCAGCUGUAUGUCUCCCUGACUGACCAUGAUGGUAAGGAGGCUUUUGCCAGAUACAAAAAGUUCAAGGUGUCCGGUGCCGACUUCAAGCUGACCAUUAGUGACUAUGAUGUCCUGAGUACUGCAGGAGACAGUUUGACUGAUCUGAAUGGUGUUGGCUUCAGUGCAAAUGACAAGGACAAUGAUGGUGACAAGACAGUGGAGUGUGGGAAGCAGUACCAGAGUGGCUGGUGGUUCAACAAGUACUGUCCACAUCCUUCCAACCUCAAUGGCAUCUACCACCCGAAGGGAGCACAGUUUGACUCCAGGGGUAUCUACUGGAGAGACUGGCGUCAAAACCAGAACCUGAAGAAGGCGGUUAUGUUGAUUCAGCGCAAGAGAAGCCCUCCCAAACCUGCUACAGGCUGAUUCACUUCAGUUACAUUUUGACAGCAAAACAAAAUAUGAAGCCUCUAGGCCAGGGCCCCUUCUUGUAUGUGAAGGAAUAUCCUACCAAAAUUAUGUCUUUGAAAGAGGACACAAUUCAAAUAAUUUCAAUCAGACUGAGUGUAGGUCUGAUCUACUAAAUGCAGAAAUAAAACAUUGUCUGAG